AUGAGCGAAGAAUAUACAAAACACGAGAAUAGCGAUGACGCUCAGCUGGCGGCCAUGGGCCACCAGCCCGAGCUGAAUCGCAACUUUUCCACUUUAUCGAUGCUGGGACUAGCAUUCGCAGUAUUAAAUUCAUGGACCGCCCUCUCUGCAAGUCUUUCCCUCAGCUUAACCUCCGGAGGUAGUACCGGAGUUGUCUGGGGCCUGGUCACGGCAGGCAUAUGUAACCUUUGCAUCGCCGCGUCUCUAGCCGAGUUCCUGUCGGCUUACCCAACUGCCGGUGGACAGUACCACUGGGUUGCAGUCUCUUGGCCCAAAUGGGUGCCAGUCCUGUCAUGGGUAACGGGUUGGGUCAACGUCGCCGGCUGGGUCGCUCUCGUCGCCACAAACGCUUUAUUAUCCAGCCAGCUUAUUCUUGGCAUCAUCUCCGCCACACAUUCUGACUACGAGCCCCAGCGCUGGCACCAGUUCCUCAUCUACAUCGGCUUCACUCUCGCCUCGUUCGUCAUCAACGCCUUUCUCAACUCUUUUCUACCUCUCCUUUACCGUGGCGCCUUUAUUUGGUCCAUCGGUGGCUUCGUUCUCGUUUCAAUCACGGUGCUUGCCUGUGCAUCGCCUGAUUAUAACACGGCGUAUUUCGUGUUUCGCGAGUUUAUCAACGAGACAGGAUGGCCUGAUGGAAUUGCCUGGCUGCUUGGCCUCCUCCAAGGAGGUCUCGGUGUCACUGCUUUUGAUGCCGUCGCCCACAUGAUUGAAGAAAUCCCCAACGCCGCCCUAGAAGGCCCCAAGAUCAUGGUCAUCUGCGUCGGCAUUGGCACUUUCACUGGCGCUAUCUUCCUCAUCGUCUUGCUUUUCGUCGCCGGCAACAUCGACGAGGUCAUUAGCUCAGCCGCAGGACCUCUGCUGCAGAUUUUGAUCCACGCCACGAGCAACACUGCGGGUGCCAUCUGCCUUCUCAUGCUUCCACUUGUGUGCCUUAUUUUCGCCACAUUUAGUGUCAUGACGACGAGCAGCCGCAUGAUUUUCGCCUUCGCUCGCGAUGGCGGCCUCCCUGCCUCCAAAUUCUUCGCUCGUGUGCAUCCCAAGCUCGGACUCCCGCUGAAUGCCCUCAUCCUCACUUCUGUCGUCGUCAUCAUCUUCGGCCUCAUCUUCCUAGGUUCAUCGAGUGCCUUCAACGCCAUCAUCUCUGCCUCUGUCGUCACGCUCGAUCUCUCCUACGGCCUCCCCAUCGCGGUAAACUGCCUCCAAGGACGCCGAAAGCUGCCUGAGCGGAAAUGGGUCCUGCCCAGCUGGUUUGGCUGGACGGCGGACAUCAUCUCACUGUCGUACAUUGCGCUUACCACGGUUCUCUUCGUCUUUCCUCCAGUCCUGCCUGUCACUGGUAGCAACAUGAACUACUGCAUCGUCGCAUUCGCUAUCAUUAUCGCCAUCUCUCUCUUCCAGUGGAUCAUUGACGGCCGCAAGAACUUUACAGGUCCUCGCGUCAAUCUUGUCAGUGGGCAGGUAAUGGGUGAAAACGUUACAGAAAUUACCAGUGUGGAGGAGGUGUCGGGUGGAAAUAAGGAAGCGUAG